AUGCUCAAUGCUAUGCAACAAAGUACAACUUUUGCAUAUGCAGACGAUACUGCUGUAGUUGUUUCAAACAAAAACAUUCACCUCGCCACUGAGAUUAUGCAAAAUCAAUUGAAUGUAGCCACAAAAUGGUGCCAUGAUAAUGGCCUAAACAUAAACUCAAGAAAAACUAAAAUAAUGCAUAUUAAGCCCACACACUUUGAACAACACAACAUCCAGCUAAAAUUCCACGAACUAACAUGCUUACAUAACACCAACAACCAGAACAAUGAUACUUGUACAACAUAUAUUGAAUUGGUUACAUCAUAUAAAUACCUGGGAGUAUAUGUUGAUAAUCAUUUCAAAUGGAAUGUUCAUGUAGAAAACCUUCAGAAAAAGCUUCGAAAAUCAGCGUAUAUGAUGUACCAUUUAAGCAACUGUGCCACAUAUAGCGUACUAAGGCAAGCAUAUUUUUCAAUGGUAGAAUCAUAUAUAAGGCAUGGAAUUGCAGCCUGGGGAAGUGCAACACAUUGCAGACUGUUACAGAGUACCCAGGAUCGUAUUUUAAAAAUUCUUAAGAAGAAUCACCGGUUCUCUCAAAAAAAUCAAAACAACAACAGCAAUAACUACAAUCACAACUCAAACAUCAACAACUUUAAUAGUAUCAACAACAACAUCAGCAACAACAUCAUCAGCAACACUAACAUCAGCAACAACAACAUAAACAACAUCAGCAACAACAGCCAUAAUACUAAUAUCAACAACAACAUCGUCAACAGGAACAUAAACAACAACACCAGAAGCAACAACAACAUCAGUAACAAUAACAUCAGCAGCAAUAACAACAUCAACAACAUCAGCAACAGCAUACAUAACGCAAACAUCAACAACAACACCAGCAACAACAACGUCAACACGUUUAACACAAAUAAUAACACCAACAACAACAUCAUCGAUAAUGCCAACAACAUUGCUAAGGACCAACAUGAUAAUGUUGAUGGUCACGUUGAUGAUGAUGCUACUGCUGCUGCUGAUGAUGAUGAUAAUAAUGAUUAUUUUGUUGUUAUUGUUGUUGAUGAUAAUGAAGUUGGUUUUUGGUUUUAA